GAGAAUUUUCACAGCGAUCAUGGAUGGAAUGGGGGCAAAGGUACCUAGAUCUCUAAGGCCAGGACCGUUUUCAGAUCUCAUAGCAAUUACAUCACUGCGCAUCGGUCAGGUGAGUUAAACUGCAUGUAUGUGAAAGACUAUGAACAUAGCGACCGCUUUCCAAUCCGUGUGGAACUGUGCAUCAUAAUUAAUUAUUUCGCUGAAUUUUCCAUUCAUGCGUAAGGACACAAUUUUACAGAUCUUUCCAAUAAAGGAAGCAUCUAGAUGAGGGUUUCCCAAAGUUUUGACCCCUUUGUGGCGCGGGAGGGUGGUGUCAAUGGGGCUGUGCAGGAGGUGAAUACAGACCUAGAGAUUCUUUUAGAGGGGAAGCCAUGUGUUUUAAGUCCUUUAAAUGUAUUGAGUCGAUGUGACUUAAAAUCAGGCCUCAUUGUCCUUUCUUCACAGGCAGAGGUCACCCUUUCCUCACACUUCUUCAUAACUCUCCUUGCUUUCUCCUUGUGAGGACCAUGAGGGCCCGUCCUAUGACAGGAGCGUCCUAUUUGAGUGUUCAGAUGUGUGCCCCAUUCAUUUAUAAAGUGGGAGGUUGAGUGGUCCAGGUCUAUUUUACGCACCGAAAAGGAAUGGGUGUGACAUGAGGGGAGCUAAACUCUCCCUUUCUCCAUAUUCCAAGCACUUUUCUUCACAGUCUGCUUCAUUUCCAUCCAGGGUGGGUGUGGUGGGUGUACCAGCAGUGAUGAUGAAAUGUGAUGAAGUAAUGUAAUUGUUUCACCUAAGCUCACCUCGGAAGUUUGUGGCGGGGAGGAUUUGAACUCGCAACUUCCUGGUUCAUCUUAGCCAUAGUGUCGCACCAACUCUUAACUGUAGACUGUCUUGUUUGAUAAUUAUAUUUCGAAAAUCAAGUUCGAUCUACGGAGUGUGGAGAAUAUAUUUCAUUCAAGAACCAUGAAGCGUCUCUUCAGUAUUGUCAUUCAGGGCCUGGUUUUUACAAUUUUGAAGCUCCGCAAUGCAGAAAGAAUCCUGACACCCUUUCCUCACACUUCCUGACACCUCUCCUUGCUUUUUUCCUUCUGAGGAACUGGGCCCAAGAGCUACAUACGAAAGGAAUGCUCGUAUCUGACUGUUCAGAUGUGUCCCAUUUAUUUAUGAAGUGGGGGGUUGGGCAGGCGGGGACGGGGGUCUAUCCGUUACUCCCAAAAGGUGUAAAAAAAAAAACACCUUCUUUGAGGGAAAGAAUGGGCUUUAAAAGCAUAGUGUUAAAGGGACCGAUUCACACUGAGCUGUUCCCGAGGUACAUCUUGAUUGCACAACAAUUCAAUUUUUGCUGUCGUUAAUUACUCUUUGGGCUUUUAUAAGCUAAAGGAAGGAAGGCUAUCGCAGAGGAAACCAAUGCAUAAUAGAGUAGCUGCAACGUUUUGCUUGCAAACCGCACAGGUUAUUGGGAUCACCUGAUGUCACUGAUGUCCGGUGACUGAGGGGUGGGCAGUGCCGCUCGCCUGUAAAACUUUGCUUGUGGAAGUGGCGAGAUAAGGCCCCAGCAGCCGCAGCAAUAGGAUGAGUGGACAGGGCAGUGAUACUUGAGGUGAGGACUGGGGCCUGGCCACUUUGUCCCUAUGCUCCUCUAUGUUUUUAAAUGGUGCCCCAUUUAAAAAGAGGUGGUCCCCUCACUCUGCCUCAUUUAAAAUAUAUAUAUAUAUUUUAAAAUAUUUCUAGGUUGCUUUUCUGGGCAAAAGCCCAUCCCAAGUGAUGGACUAGCUUAAAGCAAGUAAGCUGAAGGGUUGGUUCUGUAUUGUCUACACAGUGGUGGCCAAACUUGGCCCUCCGGCUGUUUUGGGACUACAACUCUCAUCAUCCCUAGCUAACAGGACCAGUGGUCAGGGAUGAUGGGAAUUGUAGUCCCAAAACAGCUGGAGGGCCAAGUUUGGCCGCCACUGGUCUACACAGACUGGCAGCAGCUCUCUGGGGUUUUAGACAGGGACAUUCCCAGUCCUACCUGGAGAUGCCUGGAUUGAACCUGGAACCUUCUACAGAUGCUUUAUCGCUGAGCUACGGACUUUCCUAUACCCUACUCUUCCCCCCCCCCCCGCCCAGGCCACCACAAGUUGGCCUAUCUGCAAAUAAACAACUGCUAAGCCUCUACAAAUUAUUAUUUAUAAUUCCUUGUUUGAUUGCUGUUGGUGGCACAGAAGAACAUCUGCUCUUCCACCUUCUCCUUCUCCUCGCAUUGGUGUUGUAAAAUUGUAUUCUCUUCGUCAUUCCCCUCAGCCAGACAAAAAAACCAAACAAACCCCAAAGUGUCUGGCUAGCAUUUUGGAAGAUGGAAAAAUGCCCCAUAAGGCCUGUGUUAUUGUGGGCAUGCAUGAAGAACUCUCUACCCAACGAAAGCAGCAUUGUGUUUGACCACUGGAUGUCACAACUCCUCAAUGCACAAUGCAGCUGAAAAGCCAGAGGAAUCAAGCCGAGUGUGGGAGCGGUUCUACGCAAGCAUUUCCAGAAAGAGAAGGGGGGGAAAUGUUGUUUUUUCUCCCUGCCAUAGAAUCGUGGAAUUGGAAGGGACCCCAAGGGCCAUCUAGUCCAACCCCCUGCAAUGCAGGAAUCUCAGCUUCAGCAUCCAUGACAGGUGGUCAUCCAACCUCUGCUUAGAAAAAAAGGAAGGAGAGUUCACCACCUAUUGUGGGAGACAAUUUCACUGACAAACUGCUGUUACUGUCAAAAUGUUCUUCCUGAUGUUUAGGCGGAAUCUCCUUUCUGGUAACUUGAAUCCAGAGCAGGAGAAAAACAAGUUUGCUCCAUCCUCUGUGUAACAUUGGCAUCCACCUGUCUUUCAUCAUCAUCACUUUUAAUUUGUAUACCGUCUUUCUAUCUUACAAUACUCAAGGCGGUUUACAAGCUGAAGAAACAAAGAAUGUACACCUUAUAACGAACUAAUGCAAUACAAAAAAUGUGAUAAUAAAACAUAGCUUUAAAAUAAGCAACCUACAUCAAAUAAAGUAACAUUCAACAUUCAUUAGAAUAAUAUAGAAUAAUAAUAUUGGCAUAUAAAAGUUAAACAGAAAUCCACUCUUAACAAUUACAAUAAAUGAUUUCUAAACUAUAAUCAGUAAACAACAGCAUGCCACUGUGCAUAAAAUAAUACAAUACAAAUUGAUAAGCAGAGACUGGAGGGUGGGGCAAGGCAGGUGGAAGAAGGCCUUGCCUGAUGAAGUCUCUCCCCUCACUCCUCUUUGGAGACAAUGGAGCAGUGCACUUCUGGGGAGGAGGUCAAGGUGUUGGAAGGUUGUAGCGCCUGCUGUGGCUGUAGAGACCGAUGCAGGAGAGACAUGUUUUGUUGCAGCUGGGGCAGAUGAAGGCGUCCGGUUGUGUUGCUGCAGAUGCACCAUGGCGUUCCUUCUCUCGGCACUCUUCCCAGUGGUCAUUUCUCCUCUGGUCACUGCUAUGGAUAUACAAAUUGCCUGCCUGUCUCCAGGCACUGCGGUCAUCUGCAAGCAAUUCCCAUGUGGCAGGGUUGAUGUUACCAGCAUUCCUGUUCCUUCUGCAGACAUAUUUGUAGCACAGAGUUGGUCUGCCCAUUGGCCUGGUGCCAGAAGCCAGCUCUCUAUAGAGUAUGUCCUUGGGAAUCCUGCCACCUUCCAUUCUGUGGACGUGACCAAGACAGCACAGAUGUUGCUGAGACAGGAGUGAGAACGUGCUGGGAAUGUGGGAUUGGGAGAGCACCUCUUUGUUUGGAAUUGUGUCCUGCCCUGUGAUACCACAAAUCUUCCUUACCAACAGCACAUGUGGAAGAUGUUGGGGCAUUGCUCCUAAUGGCUGUAAGUUGCCUACGACUUACUUCCACAAAGCAAUGUGCUAAACACCGGCCUGGUAGACCUUCGCCUUGGUAUUGAACGUUGGCAUCACAUUCUCCCACACCCUUUCGGAGAGGCAAGCCGUUGCCAUAGCUGCCUUGCCAAUACGCUUGUCCAGCUCACCAUUGAUGGAGAGGUUGCUGGUUAUGGUGGAACCCCGGUAGACAAAAUUGUCUACCACCUCAAGUGUGUGGUCACACUUUUUUUUAAAAAAAUGAAAGUAAAUAUUUUAUUAUUGGUCACAGAAUGCACUGUUGAGUCUAGAAGGUAAGAGCCAAUCUGCAUUCAGUUGAAGCAAACUCACUACGAGUCGCAGUAUGGCAGCUUGUAUUCUUCUGGUCCAUCAAGCUUCAGUGAUACUUCCUCCAGGGAUCAUGCUUUAUACGAUCGAAGCUCCAGGUGUAGCUGAAAACCACAUAAGCAGUUAGCAUCAUGGCCGUGCCACUGAUACCUGCUUUCUUCAUAUAACUGCCCCACUUCUACAUCCAGCAGCCUCACAUCUUUUACUGGAACGGGUCAGUUCGCCAUCUUGAAGCUGCUGCAGUGUCUCCCUGCUCCUCCGCUCGCAAAGGCUGCCGGGAGAAGGUUGUGCGCGCGGGGGCUCCGUGGUCACGCUUUUUAAAAUAAGUUAAGUUGGCAAGCCCAGUCCCAGCUGACCAAGCUGCAACAACAAACUAGACCUUAAGGGGAGGGACUCCAUAGCACAAUGAUCUGCAUGUGGAAGAUCCCAGUUUGAAACACUUGCAUCUAAAUUUAAAAGGAUUUGGUAGCUGGGGAUGAGGAAGAUAUGUAACAGAUACUCUGGCAAUCCACCACCAGCCAAAAUAGAUGCAACUUGGCAAGAUGGAGAAGGCCUUUGUUGUAAAUGCCUGUGCAAGCCUGAGAGGUAAACAGAACUCCUGGCGCAGUGAUAAGGUACCCAGCUGCCAAAGGAUUCUGUGGGACCUGAAAGGCUGUACAGAGUCUUACACUUCAUAUUGGUCCAGUCCAGGGCCUGAGUUUGGAUAGGACAGCUGGGCUAAGGCUAGCUUCUGAGUCAAGACUGAGACAAGAUUUGAAUUCAGGGUUUGAGGGCUCAUCAACUUACAGUGUUAACUGAUGCAUUUUGAAUAGGGCAGAUGGAGCUCAGGGAAGAGAGAAACAGAUAAUGCUUUACUAGUUAAACUAAAUGCAAACAGCGCAUCCUACAAGGAGAAAUAAAAAGAGAGGUUUUGCCUUUCUGUGUGACCACUCCCAUUCCCACCAUGGCAGCAUUACACAAAACCUGAAGCUUGCUUGGGAACUCACUGCCUGCAAAUGCUUAAUUUUUUUAAAAAAAGCUUCCCGCCAUCUCAUUCAUUAUUAUUCCGCAUGAUGCAUGCAAGAUCAGAUGGUGUUAUUCCUUCCCGGCUUCCCCCACCUCCCCUUUCCUGGAGGAGUCAUUGCUUUUGACAUCUGCAUUGGUCUGUGCAACGCAGAGCUAAACAUGGCCCACAGUGCCUUGCGUAAUCCUUGUAUAUCCAGGGCUGGGUAAAUAGUCAUUGAGGGAGCGGGUGGCGCUGUGGUCUAAACCACUGAGCCUCUUGGGCUUGCUGAUCAGAAGGUCAGCGGUUCAAACAUAGCUGUCAGCUUUUCCCUUUUCUUGCAAGGAAUCCUAUUCGAAAUAAGGGAAUUUCCCUUAAAAAAAGGGAAACGUUGACAGCUAUGGGUUCAAAUCUGUGCAACAGGGUGAGCUCCCAUUGCUCUGUCCCAGCUUCUGCCAACUUAGCAGUUCUCAUGCACACCAGUGCAAGUAGAUAAAUAGGUACCGCUGCGGUGGGAAGGUAAAUGGCAUUUCCGUGCACUCUGGUUUCCGUCACGGUGUUCCUUUGUGCCAGAAGCGGUUUAGUCAUGCUGGCCACAUGACCUGGAAAGCUGUCUGUGGACAAAUGCCAGCUCCCUCGGCCUGAAAGCAAGAUGAGCGCCGCAACCCCAUAGUCGCCUUUGACUGAACUUAACCAUCCAGGGGUCCUUUACCUUACCUUUCCUUUAAAUAGUCAUUGAAAUUAGCUGAGAGAAAAGCAACUCAGCCAUUUAUACCAGCAUCACCUACAAGGGAUUCCACCGCAGAGCAUCACCUCUGCACAGGCGUCUCCAUUCUGCUGCUUUUGCAAGCCUGAAAUGAGUGUGUUCAAAAGUAUCCUUUCCCUUGCUCAGAGGUUGAGAAUGUAGAGUUUAGAUUCACCAGAGGGGGGGGGGAAUGUGACAUCAGAGCCCCUAACAUUCAUUUAAAAUGGGCUGUUGGCAGAUGGGUGUCACCAACCUUUUCGGGCCAGUGAAAAUACAUUGAAUUUUGAGAGAGUGCCAUGGGCAUACACUCAUGGUUGCUUAUUUCCCUCCACCUCCCCAGACCUGCAUCACAAUCCAACCACCCCCAAAGGACAUGUAUGCUUGUGUGCACAUAAAGAGAAAUAUGCUUUGUUUUUCCAUGGAGUCAGAACAAAAGAUCAGAUCUAGUAGAAUUAAAGCAGCUCUUCAUGAAUGCUUGUGGGUGGCAACCCUCCACACUUGGCCAACAAAUCUGCCACUAAAUUAUUAUAUUAUUUAUUUAGUGCAUUUCUACCCCACUUUCAGCUAAAAAGGUUCCCAGAUUGACUUAGCUACAGUGUGUAUCUGAAGAAGUGUGCAUGCACACGAAAGCUCAUACCAGUAACAAACUUAGCUGGUCUCUAAGGUGCUUUAAUUAACUUAAAAAGGUAAAGGUAAAGGGACCCCUGACCAUUAGGUCCAGUCAUGACCGACUCUGGGGUUGCGGCACUCAUCUCGCUUUAUUGGCCGAGGGAGCCGGUGUACAGCUUCUGGGUCAUGUGGCCAGCAUGACUAAGCCGCUUCUGGCGAACCAGAGCAGCGCACGGAAAUGCCGUUUACCUUCCCGCCGGAGCGGUACCUAUUUAUCUACUUGCACUUGGACGUGCUUUCGAACUGCUAGGUUGGCAGGAGUUAAUUAACUUACCUACAGUUAAUUAAAGCAAGACAGUCUAAACCCCAACGCCCACCACAACACGCAAGGGAAAAGGGACACGGAGGGAAGAGGAAAGCAAACUCAGGCACCAAUUCUUUUAAAAGUUGUUAUGAUAAUGACCAGCUGACACAGUUCAGAGCUAAGAGGUUCCUGAUACAGCUGGUCUGUUGGCAAAGCUGAUGGAAUGAGCCCUCUAAUUUGUUAAAAAUCACGUUGGGAGACUGUACAGUUGAAAUCACAGAUCUGGUGUUUGCCAGCGCUGCAAAAACAUUGAUCCGAGGUAUGGAUCCUUGUGAAAGAGACCAAAGGUUUUCUCUUUUGCUUGCUUUUAAGACAGCAAAGAAUUUAAUAGCAAGGUAGGACUUGCUGAUCAGAUGGUCAGCGGUUCGAAUCCCUGCAACGGGGUGAGCUCCCCUUGUUCGGUCCCUGCUCCUGCCAACCUAGCAGUUUGAAAGCAUGUCAAAGUGCAAGUAGAUAAAUAGGUACCGCUCCGGCGGGAAGGUAAACGGCGUUUCCGUGCGCUGCUCUGGUUCGCCAGAAGCGGCUUAGUCAUGCUGGCCACAUGACCCGGAAGCUGUCUGCGGACAAACGCAGGCUCUCUCAGCCAAUAAAGCAAGAUGAGCACGCAACCCCAGAGUCGGUCAUGACUGGACCUAAUGGUCAGGGGUCCCUUUACCUUUUCUUAUUUCUCAGCACACGCAAAGUGUUUUCCUGUUGCGAUGGGGUCCACAGCUUCUGUUUUAAACCAAUAAAGGGACAGCUAGUGCAAUAAUUAGCACUGGGCUAAAUUCAGGGAGAACUGGGUUUUGAUCCCCACUCAGUUACAAUGCUUACGGAGUGAACUUUGGCCAGGUGUCACCUCUCUCACGCUAUCCCGCCUCGCAAGGUUGUUUUGAAGGUAAAUGAUGGGAAUGAGGGUGCCUUGGCUAGUGCAGUCAACCUGGUGUCCUCCAGAUGCAGAGUACAGCUUAUGAAGGACAGGAGAAAAACAAGACCCAGCAUCCAAACUAGACUCCUCUCCCCAAAAAGUGAGAGGAAAAUCUGACCCAGUAUGAUCUGGAGCCAACCUGACCUGAUCUGGACCUUGAACCAAACUUGCGCAGUCUCCUCCACCCUCCUUGCCACCAGAUCUCCCCAUCCUGCUUUGAUAGAUCCAGAUAACUCCAGUGCCUCAACUCACUCCAGCCAAAUCCUGGGUCGACCUGAAUCAUCCGGAUUCAUUUUGGGGUCAGGGAUUUGGAUGGAGCCUGGGCACAGGCCUGGGCACUGCCUCCUCAGUAGCAUAUUAUUCUGGGAUGGUGUUCUUGCACUUCCAGGUCUGGGAGCCCAAGCUGGUACUACAAACUUGCUACAUUCUGGUGCCGAGUCUGACGUUUUCCCCUUGGGGAUCCAUCUGUGUGCCUGAAGUCUUGUUUAUGAAAUUUGCAUCGCACCUGAGGCCCUGAACGGCCACCCACCCGGAUGCUGACCAAACACAAACCGGCUUUCCUUCAGUACGUUGGCUACACCACAUGCCUUUAUACCAGGGGUCAGCAAGGUUUACCGGCCACGGGCCGGAGCACUCCCACGGAGAUUUUCCGUGGGCCAGACUGGUGCUGCACGGCGCCGGAAAUCGUGUCUGCACAUGUCUGCAGCAUUGGUAAUCGCUUCUGCGCAUGUCCAGACACCGAAAAUCCCACCUGUAAAGAAGCGAUUUUUGGCAUCUGGACAUGCACAGACGUGAUUUCCAGUAUCUGCAUGUACGCAGGCAUGAUUUUUGGCGAGUCCGCACACUGUCCUGCGCUGGUUUAGCACAGUGCGGGGGGACUCGCCAAGCGGGCAGCUCCGUUCGGGGCGGCUCGUGGGCUGGUAAAAUGGUCUUCGUGGGCCGCAUCCUGCUCAUGGACCACACGUUGCCGACCCCUGCUUUAUGCUAUAGACCCAGUGCAUUAGUAGGGAGACUAUUCCAGCUCGAGGGCCACAUUCCCUUCUGUGAAAACUCCCAGGGGCCACAUGCUAGGGGUGGGAGGGGCUGGAUGCAAAGGUGACCAGAACAACAAAUGUAAAUGUAAACUUUAUUUUUGUACAGUAGACUAUUUUCUACACACACACACACACACACACACACACACACACACCCUCUGUCCUCCAUUUAGGCUAAUGAGGCAUGAUCAGAGUUCAAGGGCACCCAAGCUUGGAGUGAAUUGGACAAUGUUGCAUUUUUUUCCGGAGGGGGGGGAGAUACCUAUCACUCCCUGUUUGAAUGUUGAUUCCUUAGCUUGGGGGUGGCGGUGCAAAACGUAGGGUUCGCGGUACAAAAGGGUGAAAACAUUGCAAAACUUUGGCACCAGUUUGGAGUCAAUCGGGCAAUGCUGGGGUUGGGGGGGGUGAUACCUAUGCCCCCAAAUUACUCAGUUUUUGGGGGGCUGUGUGUGCAAAAUGUGGGGGUUUUGGUGCGAAACGGCUGCAAAGCUUUGGCACCAGUUUGGAGGGGAUCCCACCCAGAUUUCGGGGAAUGAAGCCCAGAGCCGGGCCGGUGGAGGGUCUGCUCUGGGAAGUGGGUGUGUUUUGUGUAUCCUGACGUCCAGGCAGAGAGUCUUGGAGGGCUGCCUUUGGCCCCUGGGCUGGAGGUUCCCUACCCCCCUCCCUGCCCUAAUGCAUGCUGGGAAGCAUUAAACAUUAAUGCUUCCAGGACGCUGCUGUACAGAAGGCCAAUAACGCCGGCUCCCGAGAGUGGAGACCGCGAGCUGUGCAAAAGUACAGAACGUUACAUUGCCGUGGUGCCAUUGACCUUGUGCUCUUUGCUGUUUUGCCAUCCCAUUAGAGUGCCUGGCAGCUCUUCUCCCAGGUGGGUCAAUAAGAUAUCAUUAGGAGAUGUAAGCUUGGGGGGAGGGAAUACCCCAGUAGGUUGAUGAUAUCUGUUAUUGUUUUGGCAGGGAGCAGGGAAAGGUGGGGCGGGCGGGGGGAAGGCUGGCUUUAAAGUAAAUUGUUAUUUACUCUUUCCAGAAUAAAUAAGAGAAGAAGACGGGCUGGUUCCUCGCUGGCACCUGCUUUCAGACUUGGGAGAGCCAUGAGGACUAGUGGCUGGGUGUUCCCCUUCUUCCUUUUGCAGCUGAGCUCUUCUCAUGUCCUGCACUGGACCUACAAAGGUAAUAAGGAGACAGGAUUGGGAUGGGGUGCGAGGAGAAGGGGGGGGUAGGCGCUGCGUUUAACAUUCUCCCUUCUGUUGCUGGAAACCUGCAGGGUUGACACCCCGGUUGAAACGAAAGGCUUAGAUUGAAACUGAGCUAUAAGCUAGGCAUAUUUGCUCAGACAUAAAUCCAAUUGGCUUCCAGCAAGAUUUCCUUCGGAGCAAAUAGGAUCAGGAUUGCAGCAUCAGCGCCGUAGCUCUACGCAUGUAGGCUUCAAAACAAUGCCAAGUCUGUGCAUGUGACGGAAAGAUGGGGUUGAAAGGCAGUGUGGCAUAGUGGCUAGUGCGUCAGACGAGAGAUUGGGGAGAUGCAAGCAUAUAUUUAAAGCACAUUCCCUCUCCCCCAAGAAUCCCGGGAACUGUAGUUUAUCCCUCACAGAGCUGCUGUUGUUAGCUCUCACAACAAACUACAUAUCCCAGAGUUCUUUGGUGGAAAUGUGCUUUAUAGUGUGCACAUGGUUACAGAUUCAAAUCCCCCUUUUGAGCUCUGAAGUGGUGACUUGGGGAAAUUUACAACAUCUCAGCUAGCUUGACUCACAGAGUUGUUGCGAGGAUUUAUUUAUUUCUGAGUUCCCUGGGGGAAACAUAGGGUAUCAAAGGACUAAAUAUAAAUUGAGGUGGUGGUGUGGGUUGUACCAUUACAGUGGGAGAUAUACAAGUUGUUGUUGUUUUUAAUGUUUUUUAGAUAAAUUUAUUGUCAUUGUCCGUAUAUACACAGUAUACACAACAACGAAAAUCAAACACCCACUCGAAGACCGGGUUCACAUACACCUUUGCACGUAUCUCCAACACUCUCAUCCUAUUCAGACAUAAUCUAUAAAAACAUAUCAUACUCCAGAAUGUAACAUAACCUAUUAAAAGCAUAACAUAACCUAAAAACCUGUCUCAUUCCUUCCUACUCCCUGCUUGCUAUUCCUUGCAACUGGCCCUGAGAUCAUUAUUUAGUGCAAUCAGAGCUCUUGGAUAGAAACUAUUCAGAAGGCGUGUGGUUCGUGUUUUCAUUGUCCUAUAUCUUCUGCCCGAAGGCAACAGUUCAAAGAAGUUGUGAGCAGGAUGGGUGGGAUCUCUCAGGAUAUUGUGUGACUUCUUCAAAGUGCGAGACGUGAAGAUCUCAUCCAGGGUUGGUAGUUGGAGCCCAAUAACAUUCUGGGCAAUUUUAAUUAUUCUCUGUAAAGCUUUUUAUCCGUUUCAGAGCUGCUCCCAUACCACGAUAAUAUACUAUAUGUUAAGACACUCUCGAUGGUACUGUGAUAAUAGGACAGAAGUAGGUGCUGAGAUAGAUUCAGUCCCCUGAGCAUUCUCAGGAAAUACAACCUCCCUUGCACCUUCCUCACAACCAUAUUAAUAUUUACAGUCCAUGAGAGGUCCUCAGAGAUGUAAGUGCCCAGGUAUUUAAAACUACCAACCCUCUCCACCUCCUCGCCAUUUAUGUGCAAUGGUAAAAAUACGCUUUUCUUUCUCCUAAAGUCAAUUAUGAGUUCUUUGGUUUUUAAUGGUGUUAAGCAUAAGAUUGUUUUCUUUACACCAUUGAAUUAACCCCUGUACUUAUUUCCUAUAAGCAGUCUCAUCGUUCUCACUAAUGAGCCCCACCACAGUUGUAUCAUCCCAAAAUUUGAUGAUUGUGUUGGACUCAUACUGUGGGGUGCAAUCAAAUGUGUACAGGGAAUAGAGAAAGGGACUUAGCACACAUCCCUGAGGGCUCCUGUGCUUAAUACUAGAGUAGAAGAGUAGUAAGGGCCCAUUCUCACUGUCUGCGGCCUAUCAGUCAGGAAAUUCCUUACCCACAGACAGAUCUUCUGAUGUAUACCCAAAUUGGUCAUUUUAAGAAAUAACCUGUCUGGCAGAAUUGUAUUGAAGGCAGAACUGUAGUCCACAAACAACAGCCUUGCGUAGGUUCCCUGUCGUUCUAGAUGACUCAGUACAGUAUGGACAGCGAUGGAAAUAGCAUCGUCAGUAGAUCUAUUUCUUCUGUAUGCAAACUGGAGCGGGUCUAGAGUGGAUGGAAGACCAGCCUUAAUAUGAUCUAGCACCAAUCUCUCAAAACAUUUCAUAACGACAGAUGUUAAGGCUAUUGGUCUAUAGUCAUUGAGAGAUACCACCACUGACUGCUUGGGGACUGGCACUAUAAUCGAUGUCUUCAGGCAGGUAGGGACAGAACCCUGCAACAGGGAUAGAUUAAAAAUGUCCGUAAACACACCAGCUAAUUCUGCAGCGCAGUCCCUAAUAGCCCGUCCCAUGAUUCCAUCCGGUCCAGCUGCCUUCCUAAUGUCAAUGCUCCGAAAGGCACGUUGUACGUCACAGGUCUGUAAUAAAAAUGGUUGUCUAUCAGUAGUAGUUUCUGAUGAUGUGCUGGUAGCCAAUGCUGUAGUGACGGUAGUUCCAGUUCCCACCUCAAAGCGACUAAAAAAUUGAUUCAGUUGAUCAGCCAGGUGCGCACUGCUGCUAGCCAGUUCGUUUUAAUAUUUUGCCCUGUAAUUUGUCGCAGGCCUUGCCAUACUCGACGAGGGUCGGAGCUCUCAAAAUGUUUUUCGAUCCUCCGGCAGUACAUAGCUUUGGCGUUCCUAAUGCCCUUUUUCAAUUUGGCUCUGGCUUCUCUAUACUGUUGCGCAUCACCAAUGUUCUGUGUAAAGGAAAAUUCCAUGCCUGCAGAAAAAUAUUUAUUGUUUGUGGGGAAGGGUAAUGCAACCCCCUUAAUAAAACGAAGCAAGAACUGAACACCUCUUAUGCUAUGUUAGGGUUGCCAUAUUUCAAAAAGUGAGAAUCCGGACACGAGAGUUGUUGAGCUUUUUAAAACUAUUUUUAAAGGAAAUUUGCCCAAAAAACAACACUUCCGACCAGUGUUCAAAACUCCCAUUGUUGUAGGCACAUUUUGCGACAGGGAAUUUCAUUGGUGUGAGCAUUUUCUGAGCUCUGGCCGCAGUACUGCGCCUAAGAUUUCAGAUUAAAACCGCAGAGUGGAAGGAAAGGAGGACCUUUUUCUGCCUCCCCACUUCCAGCUACUCUCUGAAGACUGGAGAAGAGACCCUCUUAAGAAUAUUGAGGGGUGGGCAGGGGAAGGACUAGACCAUGUGAAAAAUGAACAUAAUAUUUUAGCUGCAGUUCAUUCAUUUUCAGCUUUGUAUUGUGAUUUUAAAAAGUGUGCCUAGAUAUUCCCUUGUUGCGCCUGUAAACUAGGUUUAAGGUGCCAUUCAGCUCCUAGCUUUCAUAUCUCAGUUUCUAACACUGCUUCUGACAUGGGUUGCCAUACACCUGGGUUUUCCUGGGCAUGUUUACAGAUUUUCAGAAAUUCUGCCCAGACUCUAUUUCCGACGGACGAAUCCCGGAUAUGUCCUGGAAAUUCCGGAUGUAUAACAGCCCUAGCUAUGUACAUUAUAUAUAAAUAUGCAAUUACAGUGGUACCUCGGGAUGCAAAUGGGAUCCGUUCCGGAGCCCCAUUUGCAUCCCGAACAGAACGCAAGACGCGACGGUGCGUGUGCGCGUGCGUGGGUCGCGUUUCGCCGCUUCCGCGCAUGCACGCGACAUCAUUUUGAGCGUCUGCGCAUGCGCAAGCAGCGAAACCCGGAAGUAACGCGCUCCGUUACUUCUGGGUUGCCACGGAGCGCAACUCGAACGUGCUCAACCCGAAGCACAUUCAAUCCGAGGUAUGAUUGUAUCAGCAAUGCAGAUAUAUUGUCAGUAGGGAGAAUCUAUCCCUGGAUUACAGGCUGCUCCCCACAAAACAGGACCAGAGGAAGUGGAGUCAGACCAGACCACUGGUCCACCGAGCUCAGUAGCACUUACACAGACUGGCAGUAAUGCUGCAAGACUGCGCACAAGGAUCUUUCCCUUCCCUUCCUGGAGAUUCCAGGGGUUGAACCUGGAACCCAUCUGUAGGCAAAGCAGAUUCUGUAACUGCUCAGCUCCAGACUCCAGUCCUCCAUUCAUAUGACCAAAUCAAUCUAGGACUGGGAUGAGCAGCUGGCUCAGGCUCAACUAGGGAGCAUUAUGGCUGACCUGGGCACUAACGGGAGCUCUCUUCACUGUGACUCUCAACUCAGGGAUAGCCAUCCUGGUGCCCUCCAGAUGUUGCAGACCACAACUCCUAUCAUCCUGAUGUUUGGCCCUGGGGGCUAAGGGUUGAAGGGAGUUGCCGUCGAACGUCAUCUGGAAAGCCUCAGGUUCCUGUCCCUGUUUUGAACAGUCUUAAUAGCAGCCGGAACAGCCACUCAUGCAGAGACACAGCAGGGAGCUUCCUUUCUGGAAGGUGCUCCCAGGAGCCUUGAGUCCAGGCAUGGGGAAGCUGUGUCUCCCCGCCUCCCACAUUGCUGGACUACAGCCUCCACCAUCCUUGUCCAUUAACCAUUCUUUCGGAGGCUGCUGCAAAAAGGCCAGCUCGUCUGUUUUCUGCCUCGUCUCUGCCGCACUUUCCUUUGGAAAGCGGUGAGUGUGGCGGAACGGAUCAAUGCCUCUGACCGCCAACAAGAGAACUGACAAAGAUGAGAGGAAAGGUUUCCAUAUCGAUUGCAAACAAAGCAGGGAGGUUUGAGAGGCAACCUUGAGGCCCCUACCAGGCCGUAAGAGCUAAAUAUACUGAUAAGAUAGACAUAGGGAGAGAGAGAGGAAAGAGCCUUGUCUAUUUGCAUGAGUUGCUUUGAAGAUUUGGACAUUAAAAGAAUAUUGGAGCUUUUACAGGCAAGCCCCACCACACUACCUAAACAGGCUGUUGUUUACAAGCUGCGGUUGGCUGACUUGCUGUGAUGUCAUGGAAUGUAUUUUAUUAAUUAAACCACAGCAACAGCAACGUCUUUAGAGUGUUUAUACACCAACUUCAGGGAAUAGCACCCUAAGAAAGUGGCAGGCAGCAAGAAGAGAUUCACUUAGAUGCGUCUGAGUGGUCAGAGCAUAAGAGCACAACUUCUUAGGGAAGCAUUUAGCGCAUAAAGCAUUGCCCCACACCAUAGAUUUAAAGCACAUUUAAACCACAUGGCUCCCCCCCCCAAAAAUACCGGGAACUGUAGUUUACUUGUCACAGAGCUACAAUUCCCAGAACCCUUGACAAACUACAGUUCCCAUGUUGUUGUUUUUGAUGGGGGGAAGCCAUGUGCUUUAAAUAUACAGUGGUACCUCAGGUUACAUACACUUCAGGUUACAUACGCUUCAGGUUACAGACUCCACUAACCCAGAAAUAUUACCUUGGGUUAAGAACUUUGCUCCAGGAUGAGAACAGAAAUCGUGCUCUGGCGGCGCGGCAGCAGCGGGAGGCCCCAUUAACUAAAGUGGUGCUUCAGGUUAAGAACAGUUUCAGGUUAAGAACGGACCUCCAGAACAAAUUAAGUUCUUAACCUGAGGUACCACUGUAUGGUGUACUUUCAGCCUAAUAUUUAACAGGAGGGAAUUCCAAAAGGCUGGAGCCACCACACAGAAGGCCCUAUUCCUGUAUCAUAUGGACCUCCUGCAGGUGGCCCUCUCUUGUAGAGUGUGAGUGAUCAAUUGGGUAUAUAAGAGGAGAGACAUGAUAGUUCAGGUAUCCUUGUCUCAAGCUGCCAGGCUGUGUGCCUCAGAACUUCUACCUAAGACAAUUUCUUCAUUGCAAGCUCAGCCUGACAGCCUCUCCUCUUCCUCUCUUCCCUCCUCUCUGACGUUGCUUCUGAAGGGGAACUGGAUGAAGUGCACUGGGGAAAUCACUUCCCAGACUGCCUGGGAAAGCGUCAGUCCCCCAUUGAUAUUCGGAAGAGGUCUGUCCAAUACUCUCCGGAACUGGAACCGCUGGAGCUCCACGGCUAUGCUGGGCCCCUGCAAGGAACCUUCACCAUGACUAACAAUGGGCAUUCAGGUGAAUAUGAGCAACAGGUAAAAAAGGUGGUGAAUCUGCUGAAUGGCUGUGGGGAAGAGAGGACCAUGGCUCAGUGGAUGAGCAUGCAAGAUGUCCCAGAUUCAAUCCCCAAUGGCAUCUCCUGGUACAGCUGGGAAUGUCCCCUGCCUGAAACCCUGGCCAGCUGCUGCCAGUCAGUGUAGACCAUACUGAGCUAGAUGGAGCAAGUGUCUGACUUGGUAUAAGGCAGCUCCUUGUGUUCCUGGGAAUGUGUCUACCUGCCAUGUCAAGUCCCGAUUCACUUCCCAAAUGCAGAAUAACAAUUCAAGACAAGGGUUAUUUUCUGGAUAAGCAAGCCCUUAAGGCUGCUAAAUCAACCCGUCGGUUGAUAACAACAAGACAUUUAAACAGUUCUUAUUCUUUAACAAGGGACAUUUAUUAUGAGACUGUAAAGUAACUGAGCAUCAUUAUUCUUUGUAUUACUACUGUGGGGUUGUAGCUUGCCUAAGACCAUGAAAACAUAGCAUUUCCCAAUCUCCGCCUUAACCAUGGUUAUGAGAUCAAGAGAACUCUGGAAGCUUGUAGCCUCCCUCAGCCUCUUUCUCCUCUUCUCUGCCAUGCAAAUGCUACACUCCCUUCCCUAAUCAGCAUGAACCAUGGUGUAGCUGGUUUCCCCAAAUUUAAGGCAACCAUGGUUAGCUUCAAACCCAUUUGAAAACCAGAUGACCCUUGAAACCAUGGUUAUCUUUAAUCCCAUUUAAAACCAGGGUUAGCUUGAAACUAAUCUGAAACCAAAGCUAGCUUUAAACCCACUUGAAACCAGGGCUUUAAAUCUGUUUGCAACCAAGGUUAAAAGCCGGAUAUAAGUGCCAAAUAGCCCCUGUUUUAAGCGUGCUGUGAAUUUUGGUGUGAUACAUAACAUCAACCCUGCAAUGUCUUUCAGAUACCUAGUGAUGGUUGAAGUCAGAGUUGUUGUUUUUUUUACAUUUUCAGCUGACUGUCAUUCACAAAAGCUUCUUUUUUUAAUUGAACGAGCUGCCUCUCCUGAUCUCGUUUAUUUCAACUUCUUGCUUUGUCAUCUCUUUCUUUUUCUUUUUUUUUUUUGAAAAAAAUCUAUUCUGCUAAUUUUGUGCUGAUUUUCUCAAACUAGAGGCGGGCGAUCCAGUCAGCACCAUGUACACAAUCGAGAAUGUAGGAGAUGUUUGCAUUUGUUCAUGAGACAUUAAAAAAUAAAAGGACAAAAGAACAGCUUCCAAAGUUAUAUGCUGGCUAAUCCUUCCCGUGCACUAUGGGGAUAUUUCUAGAAUUUAUUUCUGACAAUGCAUAACAUGACGAGCAGCGGAGCUGAUAGAUAAACUCACUGUGUGUGGUUUUUUUAUAUACCAGUAUAAUGUGAAUUUGAAAAGCAGGGGGAAUGUAGGAACACAGGAAACUGCCUUAUCCCAUCUCAGACCAUUGGUCAAUCUUGCUCAGUGUUGUCUACACUGACAGGCAGCAGCUCUUCAGGGGCUCACACAGGGGACAUUCCUAGUGCUACCUAGAGAUGCUUGGGAAUCCUGGGAAUUGUAGUUCCCAGGGGUUAUUCCUUCAAAUGGCUAUUGUAGUGGUUAGCAGCAUACUACUCCUAAAAGCCUGGAGGUUCUCUUUAGCUGUGGGCAAUAGCUACCAAGACUGCAUAGCCACCAUAGAUUUAAAGCACAUGAUUUCUUCCAAAGAAUCGUGGGAACGGCGUUUCCGUGCGCUGUUCUGGUUCUCCAGAAGCAACUUAGUCAUGCUGGCCACAUGACCCGGAAGCUGUCUGCGGACAAACGCCGGCUCCCUCGGCCUAUAGAGCAAGAUGAGCGCCACAACCCCAGAGUCCUCCGCGACUGGACUUAACGGUCAGGGGUACCUUUACAGUGGUACCUCGGGUUACAUACGCUUCAGGUUACAGACUCCGCUAACCCAGAAAUAGUACCUCGGGUUAAGAACUUUGCUUCAGGAUGAGAACAGAAAUUGUGCUCCGGUGGCGCGGCAGCAGCAGGAGGCCCCAUUAGCUAAAGUGGUGCUUCAGGUUAAGAACAGUUUCAGGUUAAGAACGGACCUCCAGAACGAAUUAAGUAUGUAACCAGAGUGGCUGGGGAGACUCAGCCAGAUGGAUGGGGUAUAAAUAAUAAAUUAUUAUAAUUAUUAUUACCACUGUACUUUACCUUUACCUUUAAGUUAGGCAACAUUCAUACCAUAUGUUUAAAGCACUGUGAUACCAAUAAUUCUGGGAGUUCUAGUUUGCUAAGUUAGGAGGAGAGGACCCCUACUGACCUCUCAGAGCGACAAUUCCCAGAGUUCCCUGGGAAGAGGGGGGUCCUUUGUUAAACCACUCUGGGAACUGUUGCUCUGUGAGGGGAAUAGGGGGUCUCAGGAGCCCUUAGCAAAGUACAGUUCCCAGGGUUCUUUGAGGGAAGCCACAGCUAUUUAAAGUGGUAUUAUUCUCUCCAUUUGUGUAGUGCUUAGGGUGUCAGACUAGGACCUGGGAGACCAGGGUUCAAAUCUCCGCUCUGUCAUGAAACUUGGGUAAGUAAGUCAUUGCCUCCCAGCCUAACCUACCUCACAGGGUUGUUGUGUGGAUGAAAUGAGGAGGAGGGGAGGACCUUGGAGAGAAAGGUGAGGCAGGAAUGCAAUCAGAAGCAAAAACAAGAAACCAUGGAUGGCUGACGGAUUUGGGGGGUGGGGGUGGGGAAGCAGUGGAGCAUUGAGACAAACUGUCUCCAGGGAAAGGAAUCUCUAAUUGUAUUGCCCCAAGAGAUCAUUGUUGAGGCUGCCUGCUUAUUAUACACGGCGGUGUAUGACCAGCCUCUCAUUAGGGGGUUUCAGCACAGCAGUAUUAUCAGCCUUUGCUCUCUGAACAUUAGUUGUUGCUUUUUGGUGAACUGCUGUUUUUGUCGAGUUCCCUUCCCCUGGACCCCUUCCGUCUCUUUAGCGCUCUGUAUUUUGCGUCCAGGCUCAUUAACAGCACCAUUGUUGCUGGUCAGCCUGAACCAAUUUUUGUCAGGAGCGCAUUGGUUACCCAGGGCUUUGGCAAAACCCUGGUGAUUUAUUUCCACUUGGAGGAAGAACAGCCCCUCAGUCACAUAGAACUUCUGAGUUGGUAGGAACCCAACGGGUCAUCCAGUCCAAACCCCUUCAGUUUAUUUUUGGGGGUAUUUAUCCUUCACUCUCUGUGCAUGCACAGGGGGAAUGAAGGCACUGCUUCUCAUGCCGGCCUCUGCAAUCUCCCUGCCAUUCUUCUCUGCUUUGUUGUUGUUUAGUCGUUUAGUCAUGUCCGACUCUUCGUGACCCAUGGACCAGAGCACGCCAGGCACUCCUGUCUUCCACUGCCUCCCACAGUUUGGUCAAACUCAUGCUGGUAGCUUCGAGAACACUAUCCAACCAUCUUGUCCUCUUUUGUCCCCUUCUCCUUGUGCCCUCAACCUCUCCCAACAUCAGGGUCUUUUCCAGGGAGUCUUCUCUUCUCAUGAGGUGGCCAAAGUAUUGGAGCCUCAGCUUCAGGAUCUGUCCUUCCAGUGAGCACUCAGGGCUGAUUUCCUUCAGAAUGGAUAGGUCUGAUCUUCUUGCAGUCCAUGGGACUCUCAAGAGUCUCCUCCAGCACCACAAUUCAAAAGCAUCAAUUCUUCGGUGAUCAGCCUUCUUUAUGGUCCAGCUCUCACUUCCAUACAUCACUACUGGGAAAACCAUAGCUUUAACUAUACGGACCUUUGUUGGCAAAGUGAUGUCUCUGCUUUUUAAGAUGCUGUCCCAGAAACUGGUAUUACAGCCUGCAACAGAGGGGACAGAACUUUGCCAUCAAGAUUAGCACCUUAUGCCCUAUGAAUUCAUCUAAUCCCCCUCUUAAGGCAUUGAAGGAGAGCAAGAUGACUUAGAUUAGAACAUGGGUAGGCAAACUAAGGCCUGGGGGCCAGAUCCGGCCCAAUCGCCUUCUAAAUCUGGCCCACGGAGAGUCUGGGAAUCAGUGUGUUUUUACAUGAGUAGAAUGUGUGCUUUAUUUAAAAUGCAUCUCUGGGUUAUUUAUGGGACAUAGGAAUUCGUUCAUAUUAUUUUUCCAAAAUAUAGUCUGGCCCCCCACAAGGUCUGAGAGACAGUGGACCGGCCCCCUGCUGAAAAAGUUGGCUGACCUGACCCCUGACUUAGAACAUAAGAAGAACCCUGCUGGGUCAGGUCAAAGGCUCAUCUAGUCCGGCAUCCUGUUCUGACAGAGCCAGCCGGGCCAAAAUUGUUCUUUCCCACUUGCCUUUGCCAGCCACUGGUACACAGAGACACCUGCCUCUGACAGUGGAGGGAGGCUGUACAGUCUUCCCUUAUUCGUUUGUUUGCAUUCCUAACCACAAAAAGAAGUCAGGUUUGCUCUUUCCAAAGUGUAUUUGCUGGGGUGUAAAAAAACAAAAACGUGGUCCUGGUUGUCAGUGGACCUUCCUCCCAGUUUGGCCCAAUGACCUUCUUUGCAAUUCUGUUUUGCUUUCCCUCCACGUUCCCCUCCCCAUGUCGACCAGGCUGCUCAGAAAAAGUAAACAGGGAACAACCCCAAUUAUGAAACCACAGUUCAAUGCAUGAUUACACAAUUAAACCAUUUUUUUUGGUUUGUAUGUCAUUAUGGCACUUGCUGCAGGCUGUGUUUGUGGGUGUAUUUUUUACUUUAACUUUGGUUUUUGUUUUGAUCCCAUUCCUCACAAAGGGUAUAAUCUACAGAAAGAAACAUGUUUUCGGUUGGCUUGCCCUCGGGAGAGCUCCUAAACAAAAGCACUCAUCUCCUUCUGAAUUCCAAAGCAGGAUGGGAAUCAGAUCCGCUCAUGUUCCUUGCAAAGGAAUGAAAUGUUCUAUUCACAGUUUGGCAGGGGAUUUUAUAGAGAGGAGGAAGAGUCAAUUGUUUCCUGCUUUCUCUCUCUCUCUCUCUCUCUCUCUCUCUCUCUUUCAUUCCGGAUUAGACUAAAGUAACGACCAAGUUAAUAUUGUUCUAAAUAACAAUAUUUGUGUUUGUUAGUCUUUUGGGACCAGUUCACCUGUGAGAUAUUGCCAUAGAUGUCAACUUUUCCCUUUUCUUGCGAGGAAUCCUAUUCGGAAUAAGGGGAUUUCCCUUAAAAAAAGGGAAACGUUGACUGUGGAUAUUACCUGACCCCAUGUAUGCACUCUUGACAUCUUCCAUCUACAGAAAUGGCACUGCUCCAGGUGCCACAGAAUAUUCAUUCCACAUUUGUGAAAAAUUGAUCUUUUAGUGUCUCAGCACUUACACUUUGGAACUCCCUGCCCCUUUUUUUUUAAAAAAAAUUAUUAAAUAUUUUCUUGUUUUACAGAAGUGUAAUGUCUCUCAUAUGUUUUCCAUGUAACAUUUUUACAAAUCUGUUUCAUUUGUUGAGACGUUAGGGGGAGAGAAAAAAAGAAGGGGUGGGGGUGGGGUCGGGUGGCGAUGUUUCUGUUAUGCUUAAUGUAUGUAGGGUUUGGUGUCAGCGUUGCUUGUGCUGUUCACUUGUGUUCCUUUGGUGGUGAGAGAGGUUGGGGUUGGCUUAGAUGCCCUUCCUCUUGAUAUCAGGCAGGCCCCUUCACUGUGCUCUUUUAAUUGCCUGCUGAACAUAUAUAUUUUUUUUAGAGAAGCCUGCCCAGAAAUGUUGAACAUUCACAGGUGUCUUAAUCAUGUUUUCAGCUCAUUCUUUGUUUUAAUUCUUUUUGAAAUGUUUUAAAUAGUUGCUUUUGACUGUUUUAUUUACUGAUCACUUGACUGUUUUAUUCUUUUUGUUAACCCUGUUGAAGUUGCUUUUUACAGUAUAUAAAUUUUAUGAGAUAAAUAAGUAAGAAAAAGAAAUGUCCCAAAGCAGCUGAAUUAAAAAAUAAGAUACAAGCAAAUCAAAAGCCAAAUGUAAAAGGGUAUACAUUAUAAAAUUCCUAAAAUAAGAAAGAGAAGCUAAAAGAUGAGCCACCUUAACCACUAAAAGCCUGGGUAAAUGAAAAUUCCUUAGGCUGGCAUCUAAAAACUGAGGAUGAUGUUUCCAAACCUGUUUCUAUCCUGUAUUACAGACAUGCAAAUGCAGCCUCAAAACCAGAAAGGAAAAUUAUUACUCCUAGGUGGUUGUUGUUGUGUGUGUUUUUUAAAAAAUACCAAUGCAUCUUGGAUUCAUCAAGGAGGCAUGUUUUAAAAUCUAAGAGGCUCAAAGCAGACUGUUUUCUGGCUCUCACUCCUUCUGCUUCUGCCAUUGCCUGAGCAGCUGUGGUGCCAUGGAACAUUCACAAACAUUCUAACAGUUCUGGGGAGAACUGGCCAGCAAGGGAACCUUCACAAGUGCAACUUUUUUAAAGGAAAAGAAAAGUUACCAAGGGUUGUGUUUAUAAAGGUUACUGCAACAUUCUUUUACGUUGCUCUUGCAUGUUGUGAACGAGGAACAAAAUCAAACAGUGGAGCAAUCAAUCAAUACCCAUGCGGUUAUUACAGCCUUGCUGUAACAGAGUUGUUUUCCACCUGACCUCACUUCCUGCUUUCAUUCUGCCUCCCAGUCCAGAUAGACCUUCCUUCAACCAUGACCAUCACCAAAGGGCUACCUGGGGUCUUCACGGCUGUCCAGUUCCAUUUCCAUUGGGGAGGAAUGGAUCUUGAGACCAGUGGCUCGGAACACACAGUGGAUGGGAUGAGGUACAUUGCCGAGGUACAUUUAAUUGCUUGUUUGGUUAUUAACACCCCUUUAUAUCCCAACUUUCCUUUCAGGGAGCUCAAGGUGGUGCGCUAGGUUCUCCAGUGGUCUUUCAGUCUGGGCCGAGACUUGAAUCCUCGUCUCUCAAGUUGUAGUCUGACACUCUUAACCACAACACUGAGCUGGCAGAAGCUCUCCUAGCUUUGGAAAGACACCUUUCUGGGCAGCUUUUAGAGGGCUACAUGCUGGCGGUGGGCAUGGCCAGAGGCAAAAAUGGGCAGACAAGCUUUUCCUCUAUCUGAGCUGUGUUCUGGUCAUGGGUGGGGAUUGCCUAUUCUGACACAUGCCUGUUUGAGCACUUGGUUCGAAGGCACGAGAUCGAAUCCUGGCAUUAUAAUGUCUUUAGCUUCCUCAGGAAAAAUGUCAAGGGGUUGUUUUCCUUUGCCUCCAUGCAGAGGAAAAAGGGGAAAAAACCAAUCACCCACACUCACAAACCCAUAGGAAAAGCAGAAGGUACUUUAUACCAGGUCAAGACUAUUUCUGGUUGAGGCUGGUAUUGCCGACUGACUGGUAGCAACUCCCUAGCAGUGUGGGAUUUGAGCACAUGGUAAGUAAGCCAGAGCAUAGGGCCUCAGAUCACGAGGGGCCUCCGAAUACAAAAAAAUUUAAAAUCCCCAAAUGUUAUGGUUGUGCUGCAGACCGCAAUCCAGCGAUCUAAGGCCACACCCAUGCAUACAUUUAAAGCACACAUGCCACAUGCAACAAUCAUGGUUUCCCCCAAAUAAUUAUGGGAACUGUAAUUUUUUGAGAAUUGUAGCUCUGUGAGGGGCCAUAAUUAUUAUUAUUUUUUAAAGUGCUAUGGGCCCUUUUAGAUUUGACUUAUGUUAGGGCCUCAACAUGUCUUCAUCUGGCCUGCUCUUCAAGUGUCAGGAACAGAAAGUUUUUCCAUCACUUCCUAUUACUGGAAUAAAUUGAAGGGAGAACUGCAGCCUCUGAACUAACAAUUCUUCAAGAGGUUUAGCACCAUCACCUUUGGUUUUAAUCAGGAGAAUAGGUUGCUUUGUUUUGCUUGUUAAUCGCUCUACAAAUGCUAAUUCACUUACCAACGCCAAGAUGUCUGUGUUAUCAGGGCAACCUUUUGCGUGGCGAGUUCCCGCCCCCCACCAGGAUAAAUAAAGACACCAGACACCAUAAUUUAAGGUUAAUUGGGCGAAUUAGGCCACAACUUUAUUGAGUUCAGGAAUGAGAGGCAUUGGCUUAGGCAUUGGUCCUAUCGACUAUCCGGCUCCAGCCCAUUUGCUGGAGACACGGGGAAGGGUUAACACUAUAUCGGGAGUCUCCUGCCGAGGCACGUCGACUAGGAGCUCCCCGGGUCACCGCUCUGGGGCGUGCCUUUGGCCCUCACCUCCAUAGGCUUCGGACAGGGCCACGCCCCCCGGAGUCCUUUAACGGACCACCCUUCGUUCACUGGGGGGAGGUGAUGGCGCUCCUCCCCCCCCACACAUCCUCUUAACCCCUUCUUACCAAUGCCUACCGCCAAUGCCGAAGAGUUGUGACGAGUUGCUACGAGGGAGGCGGAAAACCAAAAGGCUGUAAAAUGCCAAUUGGGAAAAAUUCCUACCAUGCCCCUUGCGGCGACAGACCGAAGUCCAUAGCAAAGUCAGAAACCUGCCUAAGACCUACCUAGAGGGAGGGAGGGUGGGAAAAUGUGAGGGCUAGCCGGCAGAGAGAGGGCGAGCCCCCUCCGUGCCGGCCCUAAAUAGCCCAGGCCACGCCCCCCCAGCCAGCUGAUUGGCUGGCUGGGGGGCACACCCGGCCGGGAUUCCCCUGUUCUCGCGGGGGCUGAAACCAGCCCCCGCUCACGUGGGGUGGGCGUGAAGCCCGCAACCCCACCUCCUGGGCAAGCCGGAAGUGGCUUUGCGUGGCGAGUUCCCGCCCCCCACCAGGAUAAAUAAAGACACCAGACACCAUAAUUUAAGGUUAAUUGGGCGAAUUAGGCCACAACUUUAUUGAGUUCAGGAAUGAGAGGCAUUGGCUUAGGCAUUGGUCCUAUCGACUAUCCGGCUCCAGCCCAUUUGCUGGAGACACGGGGAAGGGUUAACACUAUAUCGGGAGUCUCCUGCCGAGGCACGUCGACUAGGAGCUCCCGGGUCACCGCUCUGGGGCGUGCCUUUGGCCCUCACCUCCAUAGGCUUCGGACAGGGCCACGCCCCCCGGAGUCCUUUAACGGACCACCCUUCGUUCACUGGGGGGAGGUGAUGGCGCUCCUCCCCCCCCACACAUCCUCUUAACCCCUUCUUACCAAUGCCUACCGCCACACGAGCAACCGCUCGCCGCCAAUACUCUCAUACCUGAAACCAAUCCCUUAUCCCCUUCGCUAUGUCGCACAGCCAAACAUCAUUUCCAGCAUCGGAAAGAUGCACGCCAUCAAACCGGUAGAGGGCCUCACAGUUGAAACGAAUGCCCGGGUGUUCAAUGACCUUUCCACCCAGGGCUGCCACUCUACGCACCACCGCCCGAUCCAAGGCUUUCCUCGCCUUAUUCAUGGCUAUCGGGCACCUGCAAUCCCUCCAAACACGCCUCUCCAUCAAAGAGGCCCAAAUGAUUGUCAUGUCCGGGUAAGAGGCCUUAAGCUCCUCAAAGUCACUGAAAAUGUGCCACUGCAAAUCAACUGCCUUCCUGUAGGCAAGGUCAUUUUCUCCCAAUUGUAUCAGCAAAGCAUCCGGGGGGCCCUCCGCUGCUGCUCUGGUCUUAAAUGCGGGCAACAUCUCUGCCCAGCGCAUUCCCCUUCGCGCAACCCAGGAUAAAGUGAUGCCAGACGGUAAGCCGAGGCGUGGCCCGAGACCGGAAUUGAUGGCGCGGACCCUGGCCCAAUGCACAAUGCUGUGCCCGAAUAUCCAGACGCGGACCCCCAUAACACCUGCAAAAGAUUAAAAGAACAGGCCAUGGUCAAUUGACCCCAGUUGAACCAUCAUAGAUUUCCUCUAACGUAACGUUUGUAAGCGUCCGAUUUCCAGCGGCCCAAGUCCUUAACCCUCUCCGUAGUAAGGCCCAGGUGCACUGCUGUGGUGGCCGCACCUAUUCUAAACGAGUGCGCCGCGAAAUCUGCCGGGGGAAGGCCACAUGCAGCCAGCGUUGAGCGCAUAACCCGCGUGAACUGUUGACGCGUCAGGGGUAAGCCAUCUGCAUGGAUAAAGAAAGGCCCUGCCGAAUUGGUCCUCAGAUCUAAAAAGCGCCUGGUGUCCUUAACGGGGCACGGACCUGGUUGUCCGGUUGCCAGAAGCCGAACCAGGGCCCCCCUCCCGUACUGGUCUGUUUUGGAGCUACGUAUUCGUACUGCAUUAAUUUCUUUACUAAUCUUCUUUCGGGCAACCUCGGGCAUCUCCCUCACUGAUUUUUGGUUUGGUGGAUCACCUGAAUUGGGGGGGAAAGCUACCGGGAUCCUAAAACCAUCACUAAAUCCUUCCCAUAAAUAAGCUGCUGCUGCCCUGUUGGGAUAUAACUUCAAUAGGUUUUUUAACGGCGACAACUUGAUGGGGGAAAAGGCCAGGCCAAGAUUGAAGUUACUGCCUGUUCCCUUGAUGUCCCGAAGGGGCUCCAUGGCCACCCCUGGGUCCCUGGUUGUAGGAACCUCUCCCACCCCGAAAGGGCUGCCUCCCUUUCAGGCAGGCAGUGGCUGGGUGGUUACCGAGGCAUUUUUCACAUUCAUGGCUGUACUUACAGACCGUCCGUACACAAACCCCUUUAUUGAACUCCCAGCACAGUCGCCUCUGUCUCGGAGCGUUCUUCCAGGAUUUUGAAGAGUCCUGGGGCUUCUUGUCUACGUAGGGGCCUACGUGCUCAGACCAAAAGUUCUGGUCCCUCAGAUCCCAACGAGUGGAAGACAACAGCGACGCAUUUCUGCGGAAAUCCUCAUCGUAAUUUAGAGCGGCAGUAUCCCCCGCUAGAUCCCUAGCCCUCCUCACAUGGGCCAUGUAGGCGACUAAAUGCAUCGCCCGUUUGGGAUAAGCGGCGCUGACGACACCCAUAAAUACCUGGAACCCAUCCAGCCAAUGGUCAAAAGUGCGCUCAACUCUGGGUGCUCUGUACCUGCGUUUUCCAUGGCUGCGCCUCUUUUCACCUUUACCUGUCAACUUAGCGGGAGGCAACAAUCUGAACAUAUCAAUAAAGUCCCCAUUAAGGAUCUUGUCCCUCUUCCUCUGAGAUAAAUGGUUACCCACAAUGAAAUCUGUAGAUAGGUGAGUGGAAGUUUUAACGUCCGGCACAAGCGAGCCAUCCUUCCAUUCAAGGGUCCCGUUAAAGGACUUACGGUAGGAAUUGGCCCUCCUUUCAUGGGCCCAUGAAGGGAGACCCACGCAUUCCUCCCCAUGGCCCCAGUAUUCCUCCCUAGAGACAUCACUAUCGGAGUCGGAAGAAGAAGAGGUACCUGAAUCAUCCUCCGAUUCCGACCGCCUGCUCUUCUUACUCUUCUUUGAAGUGUGUUUUCUCUUCUCCUUCCUCUUCCCAGAGAGGACCUCCGGCGCGGCUUGAUCCAGUACGCUGUUCACCUGUACCGCCUGCAGACCCCGCACUUCCUCAUCCGAAGUGGAUUCUGAUGCGCCCUCGGCUGGUGCCGCUUGCGGGGGUGGGAUCUGAAAGAGACUGGGGACACCUGGGUCCUUUUGUGUGUUAGCAGCCGUGGUACCUAGAGUACUAGCCUUACCCUUCCUGCCACCCUUCUGGCCUCCCUUCGACUUGCCUGAGGUGGCCGACUGAGCACGGGUGCUCCUCUUUUGCCGGGCUGUUGGCUCUUUGGCUACGCUCAGCACUGCCAUAGUGGACGCGGAGGUACCCGGGAGUACCACCUCAUUAAGUUGAGUGUCCGGGAUAAACUCCUGGGAGAACACCAUUGGUGCCGGUGGCGCUGGCACUGCUGCCGCUGGUGCAACCGCCGUUGGUGCUGACGUCCCUGUUGCGACUGUUGUCGGUGCCGCUGCCCCUGGCGUGGGUGCCACUUGGCCCGCGGACCUCCUUUGCCUAUAAAAUUCCUGAAAAUCAUUGAAAAACUGCGCCAAAGCCUGCGGGUUACUUGGUAUAACAAAGGGCUGGGAUUCCUCUUGGUUCCCCUGCACCCCCGGCUGCUGCAGAAUUUACCUGGUUUUCUUGAGCUGACAUAGCUGCGAUAAAGGCUUUUGAUUAACCUGGUUCAAUAGAGUCAGUGACGCUAGCUCAGCCUAUAUGCGUGAGCAGAAAGCAAUAAUGCAGUAGUUCAGUAUUGCCUGCACUGGCAAGCUGUUACUGGAAACCGAAAUUGCGCACCCAACCGAUUGUAUUUAGCUGCAAUCAGUAUGACACAAGUUCAGUAUUGCCUGCACUGUUGCGAACUCAAGCUGGUUUUUGAUUUAAUAAAUUCAGUGCAGCAAACUUUAAAUCAGGAACCGAAAGGAAAACAAUCUGACUUCCUUAGUAUUUAGUGCACUCUAAUAUUUAAUUAAUUAAUAUUUAAUAUUAAUUAAUAUUUAAUUAAUUAACUAGCACUUCACUGGAUUUAUAUAUUUUAUAUUUUAAAUAAACUGUAAUUAGGAGCAGGACAAUAGAGGAAGGCGUGCGCUAUCCCCAGGGGACUUGCAACCUUCAAUCAACGUUUAACCAAUUAUGGGUAGCCCCCUACCAAUCCCUUAAAACUGAUUGCCCACUAGAUAUAUAAUAAACAGAAGCUAAACUUGUUAAAGCAAGAGGGAUAACUUAUGCAGCAAACCUACUUAGCACACCUAAAUAGCAGAGCAAAGCUCCCAGGAGCCCUUAAGCACUUUGCAAAUUAACCAGUAAACAUAAGCUAAACUUGUUAAAGCAAGGGGAUAACUUGACUUAUGGAGCCAACCUACUUAGCAACCUAAGUAGCAAAGCAAAGCUCCCAGGCGCCCUUAAGCACUUUGCAAAUUAACCAAUAAACAGAAGCUAAACUUGUUAAAGUAAGGGGAUAACUUAGCAACCUAAGUAGCAAAGCAAAGCUCCCAGGAGCCCUUAAGCACUUUGCUAAUUAACCAAAGGAAUUAAAUUGCCGGAUAAAUAUAGUCUUAAAAAUAACAGAUCAAACCUAAUUUAUAUAGGAAGGCUUAUUAAAUAAAUUACAAUUGCAAUCAAUGAAUUGCUCUGGCAAGUCAAACUCCUAGGGGCACUCCAGAACUUUAACUAAAACAGCCAAAUAACAGGUUUUAUUGGAAAAUAAGAACCCUAAAAUUAAUUAAAGAAAAGCCUCAUAAACUCCUGCAGCACUUCAGUUAAUAUUCCAGCCAAUGAAUAACUUUGUCAAGGCAGCCUCUUUCUGUACUGCCGGUAUUGUGUAAGCCUAGCUGCGUCAGAUAACUAAAGACCCACGUGUAGCUGCCUAUGGCAAAAUGGCGGCCGCCAGACCACGUGGUUGUUUUACAAAAUGGCGCCCGGAACCCGUGGGCAAAGUAAUCAACAGGUUGCUAGGCAACAGUGCCGCCUUAUGCUGAACAGAAAACAAGCCGACCCCAAACAAAGCAAGCGCUGUUAAUAAAACCCCUAGGAAAUAAAAGCUAGCGCUGCAGCCCUGAGCAAUCUGCUAAACCUCCCUUUGCGUUCAGAGAACACUGGUCCCCCAGGGUGGUUGCCUAUCGUAAGAUGGCGCCGGCAACACAAGCCACGUGGUCCCCUAAAAUGGCGACCAGGACCUGCUGGUCGCUUAGCAACGGUGCCGCUUCCCUUUAAAUGAACGAGGUGAACAGAGAUCAAGCUAACCCAACACAAACAGCUGAUUAUACAACCCCCCAAUCCACAGUGCUGCACAGAAAGCCCCAGAAAAACCCCUGCUCUGCGCAGCAAUAUCAGAAUGUUUUUUGCCGGCGAUCUUUUACAGGCAGCCCACAACCUUCCCCUAAACAGACGCUGAUGGCAAGACACACGCUCCCUAACAGAGAUUCCAAUACGUUACCACCGAGAGGGGGAAGGUAGCUGAAACGCUGAAACCUGAUUUCAGUAGCUCAGCCCGGGUUGCCUCCGAUGCCUCACACGCUUGAUGGAUGAGCCGAUUCCGUGAACAAAGGACCUACGAGAAUAAAACCCCCCAGCCGUACCCCCAGUGAUUUCAGCUCUUUUUGAACGCGCGUUGCGUUGGAGCGAGGGUAGGAGGAAAGAACCUCCACAAGUGAUUUCAGCUGCAAAGGGGAGCGCCGAAAGCAGGAAAUAAAAAUCCGAAGGUCCGAUCCAAAACAAGAGAGAACUCCUGAACACCAAGCAGUUUAAAAAUCAAGCAACACCAGCAGUAAAAGCUGGAAAUCCUCUGAAAAGAAAGGGGUGCUUUUCCUGUGAAGCUGCAGCAAAUACCACGAGGUGCCCUGCAGCUCAAGAACAAAGGCAAGGCAGGAACGGCUCCAGGCAAAGUAGAUAAGAUCUCCGACAAACAGCUGAUAUGCGGGAAAGAAAAAUGUGAGGGCUAGCCGGCAGAGAGAGGGCGAGCCCCCUCCGUGCCGGCCCUAAAUAGCCCAGGCCACGCCCCCCCAGCCAGCUGAUUGGCUGGCUGGGGGGGCACACCCGGCCGGGAUUCCCCUGUUCUCGCGGGGGCUGAAACCAGCCCCCGCUCACGUGGGGUGGGCGUGAAGCCCGCAACCCCACCUCCUGGGCAAGCCGGAAGUGGCUUUGUGGGUGUGAAUGGCCUGUUAAGAGUGCAAUUAGCACAGACUCACCUUCUCUGCAAUUCUUUUCCUUCUGACCCCCAUUGAUUACAAUUGCCACCAGCCAUGGAUUAGGCAUCCAACAGAGUGGAUUAUUAUCCGGGAAACCUCAUGCAAUCAUAAAUUGGUCAUUCUGUGAAGAGGCAGGAAAAAGCUUUGCUUUUCCUGCAGGAGAAUAACACAGCUACCCCCGCCUUUUUUUUGUAACUGUUGCUUAAAAACAAAAUCAGACUAGAGAGACACAAAGGUAUCAUGAUUCUGGUUUCACAGACAAACUAUAGGAUUGAAGAAUGGCUUGGAACAACUUUAUUUCUCCAUAGACUAUCAGGAUCAAAUGUAGAAAUAUAUUUUGAAAAAUAAAAAAAUUGUCCAGUAGCACCUCGUGCAUGCACACGAAACUCAUACCAAGAACAAACUUAGUUGGUCUCUAAGGUGCUACUGGACAUUUUAAAUAUAUUUUUAUAUUUUAUAUAUUUAUAUAUUUUAAAUAUAUUUUUUAAUAUAUUUCUACUGCGUCAGACCAACACGGCUACUUACCUGAAUCUAGGAUCAAAUGUGUAUGUGCAAGGCAUGUGCUCUACCACUCAGCUAAAGGCCUUGCCUGGCUUUUUAACCACUGCCAUCCUUAUCCUUUCCCCAGCUGCAUAUCGUCCAUUACAACUCAGCCAAGUACGCAAGCAUCGAGCAAGCGAAUGUUCAACCGGAUGGCUUGGCAGUUCUGGCGUUUCUCUUUGCGGUAGGUGGCUAAUCCAGGUGGAAUCUAUCUAUUUAAAUUGAAGAUGCAUUUGGGAAAAGUUUCAGAUUCCUGAAAGUCAGUUGCCCCAGUUUCUGAGAUCUAGAAUUGGCGGAAAGUUUGUUUGUUUUUCUUCUUCUGGCGAGAAUGCUUUGCACGCUGUUGCAAACAAUUUGGAUUUUAAAAAAGAGAAAAACCACGAGGGGGCGCCAAACAAAAAGAAACAGCAAAAUGCGAAAGAAUGUUAUCUCUGUGGCUUUUCCCUGUGUCAAAAUGUAGGUAAAGCAAGCAUCCCCAACCUGCGGCCCUCCAGAUGUUUUGGCCUACAACUCCCAUGAUCAGUGGUCAGGGAUGAUGGGAAUUGUAGUCCAAAACAUCUGGCCGGCCAAAGGUUGGGGAUGCUUGUGGUAAAGCAUAUUAUCAAUGGGUGGAGAGAGAGAGAGAAAACAUAGAAAGCUGCCCUAUGUUGAUCCAUCUAGCUGAAUAUUGCCCACUCAGACUGUCAGUGGUUCCCCAGGAUUUAAGGGAGGUGAUAUUCCCAGUCAUAUCUGGAGAUGUCAAGUAUUGAAUUUAAGGUCUUCUGCAUGCAAAGCAGUUGCUAUAACCACUGAGCUAUAAUAAUAAUUAUAAUAUAAUAUAAUAUAAUAUAAUAUAAUAUAAUAUAUUUAUACCCUGCUCUCCCCGGCCAAGACCGGGCUCAGGGCAGCUAACACUGAAUAUAAAUACAGUAAAAACAUUAAAAAACAAAACAAAACAAAACAAAAACAGUUGAUUAAAAUAUAAGUUAGAAUACAGUUUAAAACGCAGCUUAAAAUGCAGCCUUGUUUUAGUGGUAGCCUAUAGAUCAAAGCCAUAAGGGGGGGAAACGUCAAAUAUUCACCAGGACCAACUAUCCAUGCUGGUCCUACAUGGGCCAGCAGAAAGAGCCAAGGGAAAAUUUAUAUACAAAUCCCAUAUAAGGGGUUCCAUCAGAAAAAUAUAAACAUUCUCCACAUUCAUUUCCCAUUUGAACAUGCCCCAUUUUAAAUACAGUGGUACCUCGGGUUAAGAACUUAAUUCGUUCUGGAGGUCCGUUCUUAAGCUGAAACUGUUCUUAACCUGAAGCACCACUUUAGGUAAUGGGGCCUCCUGCUGCCGCCGCACCACCACCAUACAAUUUCUGUUCUCAACCUGAAGCAAAGUUCUUAACCCGAGGUACUAUUUCUGGGUUAGCGGAGUCUGUAACCUGAAGUGUCUGUGACCUGAAGUGUCUGUACCCGAGGUACCACUGUCCUACUCUUCUUUCUUGCAGGAUGGCAACCUAGAAAACACUUACUAUAGCGACUUCAUUGCCAACUUGGCCAAAAUCAAGUUUGCAGGUAUGUUUCCCUUUAAACCUUGGCAUUGUAUUUCUUGGUCAGGCAAGAUGAAGGUGGUUGAUUUUGAUUCUUUACCACCCUGGUUUUGAGCAGUGGGAUAUCGCUGCAGUGCUAGCUAGCUGCUAAAAGCUGUCGCCCAGUAUUUGAUCUGCUUUGGAUAUUGCAUAAAAUUGCUAAGCUUUUAUGUGUGUGUAUUUUCUUUUUUUUUUUAGGGCAGUCAACUACACUCAACACUCUGGAUCUCCUGUCCAUGCUUCCAGAAAACCUUGCCAAUUUCUAUAGAUACCAGGGCUCUCUGACCACACCUCCCUGCACAGAGAACGUGAUUUGGACUAUAUUUGAUUCACCCAUCAUGCUGUCUCACACGCAGGUAAGAAAGCACUGGUCUGCGUUGGUCUGUCUGUUCCUUUUUUUUAUUGUUGAACUUAUCAGUCGCUUUUCAGAAUUAAACCCCCGAAGUGAUUUACAGCAAGGUUAUAAUACAGUAAUAUAAAUGUAUAAAACAUAUUAAAACCAUAGGCUAUGUAAACAGCAUACAUUUGAAACACAUUUAUGCCACAUUGUGCACUCCAACGGAUUUUGGGAACUAUAGGUGGUUAAAGAUGCUGGAGAUUUUAUCACUGAGAGGGAGCAAACUACAGUGGUACCUCAGGUUAAGUACUUAAUUCGUUCCAGAGGUCCAUUCUUAACCUGAAACUGUUCUUAACCUGAAGCACCACUUUAGCUAAUGGGGCCUCCCACUGCCUCUGCGCCGCCGGAGCACAAUUUCUGUUCUCAUCCUGAAGCAAAGUUCUUAACCCGAGGUACUAUUUCUGGGUUAGCGGAGUCUGUAACCUGAAGCGUAUGUAACCUGAGGUACCACUGUACAUGGUCCGAGCCCCAUGUUGGGCAAAAUAUUAUUGCAUUGCAGGGGGUUGGACUCAAUGACCCCUGGGGUCCCUUCCAGCUCUAUGAUUCCACAUUUCCCAAGAUUCUUUGGGGGGAGCCACAUGCUUCAAAAGGAUGCUGUGUACUCAGCUAAAACAUCAAUUCAUUGGGGCAACCAAAACACCUGGGAAAUCAAGAAUGUACCUUAUUUUCCCGUGUAUAACACACCCUUGUGUAUAAGACUCCUCCUAUUUUGGGGAACUCCAAAUUAAGAAAAUGGGGGGAGAUUGCCCAGAGUUGCUGAGCUUUUUUUGGGGAGGGGGAGGCAGAGUUGUUGAGAUUUUUUAAACGGGGGAAUGCUGAAAAUCACUCACCCAAAUGACCUACCACGCCACUUGCGCGUGUCGCAAAAGCCAGCAUUAGUCUGUCCCCUCGCCGGCAGAAGCUGCCAAUUGCCCGCCCAAUUCAUGCAGCGACAGCCAAUCAACACCAGCCCUUGAUGCAGCCACCAAUAACACGCCCAAUAGCCGCCGACAAUCUCUGGCUCGCGGCAGCAACCAAUCCCAUGUCCCCCCUAUGCAUUAUCUGUAUAUAAGACGACCCCAAAUUUUUAACAUAACUUUUUAAUAAGAAACAUCGUCCUAUACAUGGAAAAGUAUGGUAUUUGCCUGGCACGGGAAUGCUGUCAAAACAGUUGUUGGUGUCAGGAGCUCGUCCUACUCAAGAGUAGGACCCUGGCAGAGACACAUGCCCGAAUGGCAUGUUCCCUCGCUCCUGGUCGAUCGUUCGGGAGUUUCAUAAGUUUUCUUCUGCCCGAACAUCACAGCGACCGAUGCCAACAGACAUUGGCACACUUAGGGUCUUCGCAGCUUGCAUUACAGACCUCAGCAACUGCGCAUUUUGGCUAAUCUACUUUAUUUACAUAUAAACACUCAAGGAGCACUGCAACAUGGCUCUCUCUCUCUCUAGCAUCAGACAGCAAAGAGAAUGAACAAAGGACAAUAGUCCCACUUCACGGAACACAGUAACACAAACAUCCUGUUUCCAUCACUUUCUACUCUGUGGAGUCAAAAUAUACACUGUCAUGUGAUAGACAAAAAUCCCAUGACUGCAAUCAUGGAGCAGGAAUUCUAACAGUCGGGUGGGCCUUCCUGGGAUAACCAUCCCACAGGGAGCUAUUCCACCCUCUGGAGUUAAUGCACAAGGCCCAGAUUAUCUCAAGGCCCAGGCAAGUUCAUAUGAGGAAAGAUGUUCCUUUAGGUAAAGGGGUCCCAAUUAUUAUUUAUUACUCUAUAUGAGUAGAUUAGUGAGCCCCAGCAAACAGCUUGCUCCAUCUCCCACUUCAAAGCCAAGCAAUGUUAAAGAUGAACCAGCAAGGAUGCUGCAACAGAAUGUUGGAUGUUGCAGGCUGUCUACCUGCUGUUCCCAAGAGGAAUGGCUCUAGGUUGGGUCUGCAGCAAGCCUUGGAAUAGGAAGGAGCCUUGCAGUUCUGUUUCCAAAGGUAGGACAGAGGUGGAAUGUCAAGGAGGAGGAGAUUCCUGUUAUUCUUGAACAUAUUGCUUGGCUUUCUUGGUAGGUUAAGCUGCUGGAGAAUGCCUUAUUGGACUGGGAGAACAAUACCCUAAGGAACGAUUACCGCCAUGUCCAGCCCCUCAAUGACCGGAUAGUCCAAUCGUCUUUCCAAGCCAAGGUUACCAAAGGUACAAGUGAGUAGCUUAAGGCCAGCAGGGAGGCAGGCGAUAGGAGUGGAGGACCCUAGGCAUUAAAAGCAUGAGAAGAGCCUGCUGGAUCAGGCCAAAGGCUCAUCUAGUCCAGCACCCUGUUCUCACAGUGGCCAGCCACAUGCCCCAGUGCCAAGCACCCAAGCAAGACCCGAGCACAAGAGCCUUCUCCCCUAGCAUAAGCCUUGUUAAAUUGUGGGUGAACAUAUCAGACGACACAGCGAUUCUUCAAACAGCUCUUGUUUAUUCACAGGCCAGAACAGAACUGAACUGAAGGGUUCAGCCAGCCUGCUUACUACUGACAGAUUGCUCUCUAUCUCAGAACCUGACAGGUAGGACGCAUUUUCUUUGCUCUCUAUGCAGCUUAGUAUACAGCAUGAGCAUGUAGCCAUAAAUCUCAUCACUUCUGCAUGCUUUGGAACUCUGCUGAACGGAACUGUGCCUGCAGGCCUCUAUCAAAGGCUCAGGUACAUUAAUCAUUAGCCGGGCGCUUAUGUGAGUGCAGAUGAGCUUUAUCAGCUCGGAGAUCCCGACACCUUGGAAGUCAAACGGAAUCCGUUCCGGAAGUCCGUUGGACUUCUAAAACCUUCGGAAAGCAAAGUGUGGCUUCCGAUUAGCUGCAGGAAGAUCCCCGUCGGAUGUUUGGCUUCCAAAACUAGUGCGCAAACCGGAACAGUCACUUCCGGGUUUACGGCGUCUGGGAGCCAAAAACGUCUGAGAACUAAGCGGUUCAAAUAAUAAUAAAAAAAUUAUUUAUACCCCGCCCUCCCCAGCCAAGACCGGGCUCAGGGCGGCUAACAACUAAGGUACAACUGUAUAUAAAAAUAAGAAGAGGAUUAAGCCUAACUAUCAUUAUCCUUCCAUCGCUCCAGAAAUGUGUCACCCGUCGACUGUCUCUUCCACACUUGAUGAAAUACGGACUCAGCUGCAGGCGAUGAAGAAGCACGUUCUGGCUAUCAUGGGGAAACCUGGUAAGAGAAUAAGGCUUUUUCCCCUCCCCACGCCCUGAUUAUUUAUGGCACGUUUUCUGUUCUAAAAUUUUGCAAGUUGCUAAGAGACUUCUUAUUUAUUGGAUUUAGGCCCUGACCUUCCUCUCCAAGGAGCCCAGGGAGCCAAACAGAUUUACAAACAAAAACAAAGCAAACACAUUUUAAAACAGGUUAAAACACUUAAAAAUGAUAACAAUUGAAAACAUCUAAAAAACCCCCAGUUGCGAUUAAAAACAUUCUUCUAUCCAGUGAUCUUCGGGUCGCCGGGAAUUGCAUCCCUCAGCUACUAAAUGCCUGGGUGGACAGGAAUGUUUUCUUUUUUAAAAAAAAUAAAAUUAUUCAGUUUUACAAUAUACACUUGAAUUUAAACAUUAAUAAUCAUAAGCAUAUAGGAUUCCCUGAACCCUUAGACUUCCACCCACCCCUCCAUGGUUUCCAUUGUCAAACCUUUUCUACUACAUCUUAUAGUUUCUCCAUUUAUCUUAAAAAUCCAUUUUUACCUUAGUUUUUCAUAUAUCACAAGUGUUGCUAUAAUCCUGCCAAAGUUUUUAGUUGUUUACAGUGUUCUCUUAAAUAACUUAUAAAUUUCCCCCAUUCCUUGUUAAAGUUUCUAUCUUCCUGGUUUCUGAUUUUCCUGGUCAUUUUUGCCAUUUUGGCAUAAUCCAUCAUCUUUAUUCGUCUCUGGUCAGGACUUUAUCUUCUUUCCAUCUCUUGGCCAGUAGCAUCUGCAGUGCUGUCGUCACGUACAUAAAUAGUAUUUUCUACUCCUUUGGAAUUUCUGCAUCUAGAAUUCCUAGUAGAAUAGCUUCUGAUUUUUCCACAAACGUUAUUUUAAUAAUUUCUCCCCUAAUUCUUUACAUCUCAUAUCCCAGAAUGCUUUGGUUAUCCUGCACAUCCACCACAUGUGGUAGAACGUGCCUUCCUUCUCCUUACACUUCCAACAUACAUUUGAAGCAGUUCUAUACAUUUUUGCUAAUUUAAAAAGGUAAAGGACCCCUGACAGUUAAGUCCAAUUGCAGACAACUCUGGGGUUGCAGCGUUCAUCUCACUUUACUGGUCAAGGGAGCCAACGUUUGUCCACAGAAAGUUUUUAUGGGUCAUGUGGCCAGCAUGACUGAGCCGCUUCUGGCUACACCAGAGUAGCGCACGGAAACGCCAUUUACCUUCCAGCCGGAGUGGUACCUAUUUAUCUACUUGCAUUUUUGGCGUGCUUUUGAACUGCCAGGUUGGCAGGAGCAGGGACCAAGCAAUAGGAGCUCACCCCAUCACGGGGAUUCGAACCGCCGGCCUUCUGAUCGGCAAGUCCAAGAGGCUCAGUGGUUUAGACCACAGUGCCACCCGCGUCCCUUUUGCUAAUUUAGUAGGUGUUAAAUACCAGCAAUACAUUAUUUUCCUUCAACGUACAGCAUGCUGUAAAUUUUAGGACAGGAAUGUUUUCAAAUUCAUCCUGAAUUCAUCCAGCUGCUCACAUCCCUUUAAACAAAGGGCAGUGGGUUAUGGUUCUGCUGGAAGAGGACCAUCCUAUUGCAGAACAAGCAGUUCCGAUGGGUUGUCCCAAGUGUCCGUUCAAACCCAGCCCACGCCUGAGAGGUUCUGAUUGGUUCUUCCAGGUCACAUCCCGGUCCACGCCCAAGCUCUUUACUUCUCCCGUGACAACACGGCCAGCUACGCCGAGGUGCGCCCCCUGCAGGCCAUGAUGCUCAAAACCUUCACGCUUUGCUUCUGGGCCCAGAACUUGAAUGAAGGGCGGCAAACGGUCUUCUUCUACUCCACCCCAGAGAGGGACAAUGAGCUGGUGGUCACCGUGGGCAUCGGCGUGGGUGUAUCCAUUGGGGGCACCUCGGUGCAGUUUGACUUGCACCGCAAGUCUGAGGAGUGGGUCCACCACUGCAUCACCUGGGCUUCCGACUCGGGCACCGUCAACCUGUGGGUCAACGGAGCCAAGGGCACGGUCAAGGACGUCCAGAGAGGCUACGUGAUCCAAAGCGGCGGGAAGGCACUCCUUGGGAAGUACAAGAACCCUGUGAUGGACAUCUUUGCCAACCCGUUUUCUGGUUGGAUGAGCCACGUCAACCUCUGGAGCAGCCUCUUAGACAACGACGACGUCCAGGAGCUCACCCUGUGCAAACAUGACAACCAGAAGGGGGAUAUCAUAUCUUGGGGGGAAACACCUAUGACCUUGUGGGGGGGAGUGGUGGUGGAUGCUGACACCAGCUGCGGGUGAUUCCUGCUGAUCAGGCAUGAAUCCGUGCUGAGAGGUAAAAAAAAAACCCUGAUUGGUUGGGACGCAAAUGUAGUCUUUACUCCCCACCUUUCCUUCAAGAUAUCCAGAUUAUAGACUGAUUCUCCUUCCACACCAAGAGCUUCUCUAGGUCUUCUAAGGACUGGGCCAGAUCCUUGGGGGGAGAGGAGGGGAUAUUCUCAUUGCAGGAAAAUCUCGCCUUACGAUGAGGAGAAUGCCCCGUAUUUCUUUCAUGUUUAUUACCGAUUAUGUCAGCAUGGAAUGGAAACGAACACAAACUGCAGGAGAGGGCGAGAGGCGGAGAGAAAAAGAAAACCUCAUUCUGGUUGUACUCGAUUUUUUGUUGUUGCUUGUGAGAUCAUGUAGAAUUGUCUGCGUUUCAGAUACUUCUCCUUGCAUAGCAUGAUAAUCCUUGUAGAGAGGAACCCUGGGAGAAGUGAAAGUAAAUCACCUGUUUGUGCCACACAGAGUCCUCCUUAUCAAGGCAGUGAUGAGAGAUAGACAAAGCCUUAGAUUAGCUGGCAGGUUUAGCCCUGUGUGGCUAAUGUGAGGGGUGGGAAGGAGACCCCCACCCUCUUCCCAUCCCCAUCAAGUUUGGGUCACAUCCUCACCAUUCAUUGAAAGCUGCCCUUACGCCAUUCUCUUCCCCCAGAGAAUCUUUGGAGCUGUAGUUUAAGGGUGCUGGGAACUAUAACUCUGCAAGGGGUUUCCUAACCACUCUCGGCACCCUUAACAAACUACUGUUCCCAGGAUUACUUUGGGGGAAGCCAUGCCUUGUUAAAAAGCGGUGUAAGAGUGUGUUAAAUGUAUAGUGUGUGAUGACUACCUAUCUGCCUAAACAUCUUGCAUGAUUCAGAGCCAUCCUAGAUCCCUGCUUGGGUGUUCUCUUAAGUCCUGAAAACAUAUCCUCCAGGAGACAGGCUUUCAUAUCUGCAUGGGUGUCAUUGAUACCACAUCUGCACUUCUCAGGAUCCUGAUAUGUGUGUGUGUGUGUAUUGGUGACAUUGUUUGUUCCAGUUUUCAAAAUACGCAACUGAAUCUUAUUUCAUGCAUGGAUAGACGUAUAUACUUCCUGAUAUAUGGUUACUGCCAUUUUGUUUCGGAAGGGAAGAUUAGCCUGCAGGCGUGAUCCUGAGAAAAACCACAUUUGAAUUUAAAUCAGAGGGGUUUACAGACCUCCAAGCAUUGAUUGGAUAAAUCAUCUGGGUGUGAUCAGAGUACUGAGCUUAGGUUUAUGAUAACAGGAGGACACAGGCCUCUCUUUGAAGCAGAAUUAAUUGCAAAACCCCUUAGGGCUUAACCUCAAUCAACUCCACCUGGGAAACUGGAGAGGGGAUUAAAUCAAUGCUGUGUGCAUUUCAUGGCAAAACAAACAUGUUUGGGGUUUUUUGUUUUCUUCUUUGACUCGUAGAGGCAGUACAACUAUGUUAUAAGGAUAAUAAAGUAUGCACCAGUUAAACCUGGCUUGUCAUUCCUGAGUUUUAG